AAGCAGCUGUUCAGGUGUGGACCACAUAAUUAGUAUGGAAAAAGUGACCGAGGUAGCAGCGCUGCUGUUGGUGUUGUUGGUGACGUCAGCAGCCACUGACUUCCAGACUCGACUCGAUGAGAGCAGCAACCGCCUGGUAAUCACCACGACAAAGGAUGGCCAAGAUGUUGAAGUCGGCUAUGUCACAGUUGAAGACACCACGGGCUCUCGCAAACUGUGCUCUGACCCUGAGUCUGAUGAUAACUGUCUACCAUUCCCCGAGCCAACAAUCACCACACAUCGUCAAGGUCGAGCCCUCGUUUGUGCCACAUCAAAGACGGAAGCGGAGGGUAGUGGAGUCAUUAUUUGGAGCUGUGUCGACCAUUUGGGCAGCCAUAUCUAUGGAGGACCCGAGCAGUACAAUCAGACCUGGCUAAUAGAGGACAAUGUGUACAGCGAUUACUCGUACGUCAGCAAAGAGCAAGACAACGUCGGCGUGGCCGAGCGUUACUGGCUCUUCUCCGAUGGCCGGUACGUUUACAUUCCUCCAUAUGUGCCUCUUUUCGUAGAACAGAAUACAAACACGUCGAAAGAUCAACUAUGUUUCUUUGCGGAGAACAAGCCACCUUACCCAGUUGAUCGGUCAGAGACUGUUCUGGAGUUCACAGUCUGCUACUACGAAAAUGCAAGGGUAGCACACGAAGAGGCCAUCAAAGAAUACUUCGAUAAACCCCUAGGCAUUCCAGAUGAGCGCAUGACCACGCAUCCCAUAUGGUCGACGUGGGCGCGUUACAAGAGAGACAUCAACGACACGACAGUGAGGCAGUUCGCCAACGAGAUAGUCGAACACGGCUUCAGCAACAGCCAGAUUGAGAUAGACGACAAGUGGGAGACUUGCUACGGCAGCCUCACGUUCGACCCCAACAAGUUCCCUGACGUCAGAGCGCUCGUGGACGACCUGCACGCAAUGGGGUUCCGUGUCACGCUGUGGGUGCACCCGUUCAUCAACUCUGACUGCGAACCGCGGUACUCGAGGGCGCUGGAGGAGGGCUGGUUUGUCAGUGACUCCGAGGGCAGCACCAACACCAGCUGGUGGAAUGGCGAGGGCGGCAUCAUCGACUUCAACAGCGUUGCAGCUGCGGGCCAAUGGUCCUGCAUGCUCUGGAAAAUCAAGACUGAGACGGGAAUCGACUCGUUCAAGUUCGACGCCGGCGAGACCAGCUGGCUACCAGAGCUUCCCGUACUGAGGCCCACGGAGACGAACCCCGUGCAGUACUCUAUGGACUACGUGCAGACCGCCGCCCAGUUUGGGGCGAUGGUAGAGGUUCGCGUCGGCCAACACAGCCAGCAGUUUCCGUACUACGUCCGCAUGCUCGACAAGGACAGCAGGUGGGGCUUGGACAACGGCCUGGCCUCGCUGGUGACGACGCUGCUGCAGAUGAACAUGGUGGGCUACCCCUUCGUCCUGCCAGACAUGGUGGGCGGCAACGGCUACGGUAGUGAUGUCCUCACCAAGGAGCUCUUCAUACGCUGGCUGCAGGCCACCGUAUUCAUGCCGGCCAUUCAGUUCUCGUACGUGCCCUGGGACUUUGACGACGAGACGGUGGAGCUUAGCCGUCAGCUGGUAGCACUGCACGCACAGUACGCCCCGCGCAUCGUGGAGCUGAUGAGGAAGGCGGCAGAUGAUGGCAGCCCUGUCAACCCUCCAAUCUGGUGGGUCGACCCCACCGACGACACGGCCCUCGCCAUAAACUCAGAGUUCCUGCUGGGAGAGGACCUGUUGGUGGCGCCGGUGCUGGAGGAGGGCGCAGCCAGCCGUGACAUCUACCUGCCCAGGGGCAACUGGAGGGACGAGGCGGACCCAAAACACCCAGUCAUAGAGGGCCCCGUCUGGCUCACCAACUACUCCGCUCCACUCAGCGUCCUGCCUUACUUCACCCGAGCCUCUGGUCUCCCUGACGCCACUGGAGGUUCCUCACAGAUUCGACUGUUCACUCCUGCAACAGGUUCCAGUUGGGCAAGCAGUACUGUACUUUUGUACGUUUCUUCACUUGCCUUCCGCCGAUUGCUUACAUAAUUUGCUUCUCGUUCACCUUCAAUAAUGUCUUACAAACGUCAACUCUUGCCUUUAAAAUAAUGCUUACAGUUACUUGGACAUUUUGAAUGACGUGAGCAUUGGUCCUGAAAUACAUUUUGUAUAUUGUUAUAUUUUGAGUCCAAGUAAUAACAAUAUUUUGGUACAUUCUAAACAGCAGACUCAUUACAAUUUAACUUCAAUAACUGAACGUAGAAAUAUAAUUAUAGGAAGAUAUUAUUGAAUAUUGUAAGACACUGGGCAAUAGGCUAUAAUACAUAAUAAAAAAUAUUAGUGAAGUCGUUUCUCAUAAUCCUAUGUAGUAAUUUUCUGUUGUUAUCCAUCCAUGAGGACGCCAUUCAUUCCUUAAAUUUUUUUUCAAAGAGUCAGAUACAACUCAUAAAUUCUUGGUAAUGGAGAAACGUGGUUUCCUUUCCACCAGGAAUAAAGUUCAUACUUGUUAUAUAGAAGGCAAACCUUUAAACAAACACGCCAGUAUGAGAGUUAAAGAUUUCAUGGUUCCUCUGAACUGCCUUGAGACUCAAGGCAAGUUCCAUACUCCAAUCAAGGAUUCUUCCACUUUAUCCCACAUGUCUUUUAUUCUCUACAACUAUUCAUCUACUGUCUCGUGUCCAUGUCACUGAAAGAGAAAAGUAAAUCCGUUUUUAAUUAUAGUUGAUAGAGUAUUUACAAUUACCACUGAUCUCUUUAUAGAUGUUGUUCUUGUCAUAAUACUGUAAUUAUUUUUAAAUUAUUAUUAUUGUUACUGUAGUGACCAUAUAUAUACAUGUAACCAGUGUAUACUAAUGUGUCAAUUCUGAGAGGUCUGAAAUGCUUAGUUUGCACAUAUUUGUCGUGUAUAGACAUUGAUCUGAUAUAGGAGCUGCCAAAAGUCUCCAGUAUGAGCAGUUUGAGUUAACAUGAAUAAUAAACACAUAUACCAACUGCAUAUUCUAAUUCACAUUAAUAGCACUAUGCAGGGAAUAAUGACAGAAACCACUCAUAUAUUCUAUUUGAAUAUUUAUCGGAUUUAUAUGAAUGUGCAUAUGGAUGCGUCUGUAUAGCUGUGUUAUAGAAAAUUGUUUCACAACAUUCAAUAUGUAAUUAUAAGUACGUAUGAUACAGAGCUAGAAAACAACACAUUCAAAGCACGCAGAAUUCCAAUAGAGUGGUACAGCGUGGUACCAAUUCAUUUACCAUUGCAAUAUGAUGUAAAAAUAGUGCAUUAAAACUUAUCACUAGUUUUGUAUAUAUCAUGACUGGUAUCAGCUCAAAAUUUUAUUGAAGUUGCUAUCAGAAUUGGAACACUUGAAAACAUUUAAGGUAAUUUCAUUGAUUUUGCUAUGGCAUUUCUGAUAUCUCUAAUUUGAGUGCUGUUUUAUGUCGUUUUAUUUGAUUCUAAGGAAAUAAGAAGAGUAUUUUCUCUAUAGCCAA